CGUCUCGCUAAACGGGUCACUAAACUAUCUGGGUACAAGUUUGUAAAAAAAAAAUUUUACUUGAAAAUAUCACAUCUUACAUUGCUGGAGAAUUCGAAAAUAUCUAAACAGCUUGAGUGGCAUAUAGAACUUAUAACAGCACAAUCAUAUUAAACAGAAUUUUGGAAGACAGCCUACAACCAAAUAAACCCUGAUUUAUAAUUAUAUGUACGCGUAUAGAUAUUUAUUUACCGGUUAAAUAUUGAAGAACAUGUGGAUUUCUGUCAUUGUCACAAUCGGUCUAUUUAGGCUUGGAUAUUCUGAAUUUGAGAAUAACGACCAGUGGCGACGUCAGGCCAGAGCGGAUCUCGAGCGGGCCAAAAAUGUGAAGCAAAUAACUAGUUUGGCCAAGAAUGUUGUCCUCAUGAUUGGAGAUGGUAUGGGUCUACCCACCGUCACGGCGGGUCGCAUCUACACGGGUCAAAAGAAGGGUCAGACGGGCGAGGAAUACAAGUUUACUUUUGAGCAGUUUCCCAAUGUCGCUUUGUCAAAGACAUACAACCUUGACCGUCAAGUGCCAGACAGCGCUGGAACCGCUUCCGCCAUCAUGACAGGGGUCAAGGUCAACUUAGGAACCCUCGGGGUCGACGGUUCGGUGCCCUUUGGGGAGAACUGCACGGAGUACAGGAAAGACAGGCAUCUGAAGACUGUCUUGGACUACGCUCUGGAAUCAGGUAAAUCUGUUGGUAUAGUGACCACAACCCGUAUCACCCACGCCACACCUGGGGCUGCAUACGCUCACACACCUCACAGAGACUGGGAGAGCGACACGGACAUGAAGAACACACCAGGCUGUGGUCACCUGAAGGACAUCGCCUACCAGCUGGUCAUGGACAACCCUAACAUCCAAGUUAUUUUAGGUGGCGGCAGACGUAGCUUCAUCAACAACACGACCCCUGACCCAGGGACAAACAAAAUCAGCUCCAACCAACGUACAGAUGGCCUGGAUUUGAGGGAGGAGUGGAAGCGUGAGAAGAGGUCACGUGGUGUCGCGCAUGCGUAUGUUGAAAACAAAGCCCAGUUUGACGCGGUGGAUGCGUCUAAAACAAAUUACUUGUUCGGUUUGUUUACAUCCGGUCACAUGACCUACGAGCUAGAACGUAACCUGACAGAAGAGCCGUCACUCAGUGAAAUGGUGGACAAGGCCAUCAGAAUUCUUAGGAAAAAUCCGAAAGGUUAUUUCCUGCUCAUUGAAGGGGGUCGCAUAGACCACGCCCACCACGACAACUACGGUAAAAAAGCCCUGGAAGAAACCUACGAGUUUGACAAUGCAGUGAAAAGGGUGGGCCAGAUGGUCUCGAUCCAGGACACGCUGACCAUCGUCACAGCUGACCACUCACAUGCAUUUGGCAUGGUAGGGUACCCAUCUAGAGGCAAAAAUAUUUUAGGUUUUGCUGAUGUUCUUAAAGGGGAGGAGCCAAAAGAUGACCUCCCUUACCUGACCAUGAAUUAUCUGAACGGCCCAGCUUUCGGCAGAACAGAUCUCACUAGCGUGAACACUCGAGACAACAACUUCCAACAGCCGGGUUGCGUGCCCAUUAAAGUGUCCGCUCACGGUGGGGAAGAUGUCGCCAUCUACGCACAAGGGCCCAUGUCCCACCUAUUCCACACCACCCACGAGCAGAACUACAUCGGUCACGUGAUGAUGUACGCAUCCUGUAUAGGCGAGUACAAGAGCUCGUGUGACUACAAGAAGAGAGUUCCUUGGGAGACACUAGGACAUAUUUUUUCCAUGCUUAGACAAAGACGGGAAACCAACUGCAACCAUUGA